AUGACAAGCGCGGCCACCGCGCCGGCUCCGGACGCGGAGAGCGACGACACGAUAAACGGCCAGCGCGUGUACGGGUGCGAGCUCAUCCAGCAGAUGGGCAUCAUGCUCGCGCUGCCGCAGGUCGGGAUAGCGACGGCGCAGGUGAUGUUCCACCGCUUCUACGCGCGCCGGUCAAUGCGGCGGUUCGACGUGCGUCACGUGGCGACGGGCGCGCUGUUCCUCGCCACCAAGGUGGAGGAGUGCCCGCGCAAAGUGCGCGAUGUGCUCGGCUGCUUCCAGCACCUACUCAGCAAGCGCGCGGGCAAGCGGCCGGUGCCGCUCGACAUCUUCUCGCAGGACUACGCCAACCUGAAGGACAAGCUGAUCCGCGCGGAGCGCGAGAUCCUCAAGGAGCUCGGCUUCAUCCUCUACAGCGAGCACCCGCACAAGUUCAUCCUCAACUACGCGGCCUGGAACUUCAUCAACGACUCGCAGCGUACGGACGCGUGCAUCAAGUUCGCGCCCGAGGCGGACCCGCCGCGCCGGCAUCCGCCUUCCGUCGGCAAACCUCCGCCCUGGCGCCGCGGCGCCGGGAGCGGGACGACCGCGACGAGGGACGGCGCGAUCGGAGGGAUCGCGAUGGCGAUCGCGACCGGCGCGACCGGCGCGGCCACCGCGGGGUCGGCCUCGACCUCUCCCCACGCCCUCGUCCUUUAG